AUUGCCGCCCAGUUUGGAGAACGCGGAGAGAGCUGAGAAGGUCAAGGUGAUUGAAGGAUGGCGGUGGUGGUCUUGCUGGGGCUCAGCUGGUUCUGUGCCCCCCUGAGUGCUCUGGUUUUGGACUUCAACAACAUCAAGAGCUCUGCCGACGUGCACGGGGCUCGGAAGGGUUCACAGUGCUUGUCUGACAAGGACUGCAGUUCCAGAAAAUUCUGCCUCAAGCCUCAAGAUGAGAGGCCAUUCUGUGCUACAUGUCGUGGGUUACGAAGGAGGUGCCAACGUAAUGCCAUGUGCUGCCCUGGAACACUGUGCAUAAAUGAUGUUUGUACUACAAUGGAAGAUGCAACCCCAAUAUUGGAAAGACAGAUGGAUGACCAAGAUGAUAUAGAAACAAAAGGAACAACUGAGCAUCCAAUUCAGGAAAACAAACCCAAAAGAAAGCCAAAUAUUAAGAAACCACAAGGCGGGAAGGGACAAGAGGGAGAAAGAUGCCUUAGAACUUUGGACUGUGGAGCUGGACUCUGCUGUGCUCGUCAUUUCUGGACUAAAAUUUGUAAGCCAGUUCUGUUGGAGGGACAGGUCUGCUCUAGGAGAGGGCAUAAAGAUACCGCUCAGGCUCCAGAAAUCUUCCAGCGCUGUGACUGUGGUCCUGGACUAACAUGUCGAAAUCAAGUGACCAGCAACCAACAACACACACGGUUAAGAGUAUGCCAAAAAAUCUAAAAAACUAAAUACUUCAAAAUAAAGACAACUCCUUAUUGUAUUCAAACAAAUCUCAGACAUUAAUUUAAAAAAUCUUUCCCAUACAAGGGUGCCUGGGUGGCUCAGUUGGUUAAGUCUCUGACUCUUGGUUUCA